CUUCAAACGCGGAGUCAAUAUUCCCUCACCGUCCUUUGUAUCGGAGCGACUUCCGAUCGCUCAAUUUACGCCGGAGAGAAUACGAAGGUCGUUGGAGCUGCCGGAAUCGCGUUGCUUGUAUGCUUUGCCGUGAAAUUUUUUAGGUAGGUCCUUUUGGUUUGCUUGCAGGAAAGGAAAGCGGAUCGUCGCCCAAAGACGUAAUGUCGCCGGCGGAGGGUUGGCCGGAGAUGGAUCUGCUCCGAUCGGAACCAAUGCAGCUGGUGCAGCUGAUUAUUCCGAUGGAAUCCGCGCAUCGAGCCGUUUCUUACCUCGGUGAUCUCGGCCUGUUCCAAUUCAAAGACCUCAAUGCUGAAAAAAGUCCAUUCCAAAGGGCAUAUGCCACUCAGAUCAAAAGAUGUGGGGAGAUGGCCCGUAAAUUACGAUUUUUCAAGGAUCAAAUGGCAAAGGCUGGUUUCCUGCCAUCGCCGAGGUCUUCAGUUGGCAUCAAUACCAAUUUGGAUGAUUUAGAGGUAAAACUUGGGGAGUAUGAAUCUGAGAUGUUAGAGAUGAAUUCCAAUAGUGAAAAGUUGCAGGGUUCUUACAAUGAGCUUUUGGAAUAUAAGCUUGUUCUGCAAAAGGCAAGCCAAAUCUUUCACUCGGCUGAGCGUGGUGCUGCUGCUCAGCGUAGAGAAGUUGAACAACAAAUUCACGACAGAUCAAUUGACAGCCCUCUGUUGGUUGAGCAGGAGAUGUCAACUGAUCCAUCGAAGCAAAUAAAGCUAGGUUUUGUUAGUGGAUUAGUUCCAAGGGAGAAAUCUUUGGCCUUUGAGAGAAUUCUUUUUCGUACUACAAGGGGAAAUGUAUACCAAAAACAAUUGGUUGUGGAAGAACCUGUUAUUGAUCCAGUUUCAGGAGAUAAGGUUGAGAAAAAUGUGUUUGUGGUCUUUUAUUCUGGAGAAAGGGCAAAGAACAAAAUUCUGAAGAUAUGUGAUGCAUUUGGAGCAAAUCGCUACCCCUUUACCGAUGAUAUAGGCAAACAAUAUGAAAUAAUAACAGAGGUGUCUGGGAAACUUUCAGAGCUAAAGACUACUAUAGAUAUUGGACAGCUGCAGAGAGUCAAUCUCCUGCGGAGUAUUGGUCAUGAAUUUGAGCAGUGGAACUUUAUGGUGAAGAAAGAAAAAUCUAUCUACCAUACUCUCAACAUGCUCAGCCUUGAUGUUACUAAAAAGUGCCUUGUUGGAGAAGGCUGGUGCCCUGUCUUCGCAAGAAACCAGAUCCAGAAUGUACUUAAUCGAGCUACUGUGGAUAGCAAUUCACCUGUUGGAGCCAUAUUCCAUGUUCUGGAGACCAAGGAUCAACCUCCAACGUACUUUUGUACCAACAAAUUUACUUCUGCUUUUCAAGAAAUUGUUGAUGCAUAUGGGGUGGCCAACUAUAGGGAAGCAAAUCCUGGUGUUUAUACUAUCGUCACUUUUCCAUUCCUAUUUGCAGUAAUGUUUGGGGAUUGGGGCCAUGGAAUAUGCCUCUUUCUUGCCACAUUAUAUUUCAUUCUUUGGGAGAAGAAACUGUCCAGACAGAAACUUGGGGAUAUUAUGGAGAUGGCAUUUGGGGGUCGAUAUGUUAUAAUGCUUAUGGCAGUGUUCUCUAUAUACACCGGACUCAUAUAUAAUGAAUUCUUUUCCGUGCCUUUUGAACUAUUUGGACGCUCUGCGUAUGAUUGCCGUGAUCCAUCCUGCAGCGACGCUUACACAGUGGGACUAACAAAAGCACGCGACACGUAUCCAUUCGGCGUGGAUCCUAAAUGGCGAGGCACUCGCAGUGAAUUGCCAUUCCUUAACUCUCUAAAAAUGAAGAUGUCGAUUCUCUUAGGCGUCGCCCAGAUGAAUUUAGGGAUCAUCCUGAGCUACUUCAACGCUAAAUUCUUCCACAAUGACUUGGAUAUCUGGCAUCAAUUUGUUCCGCAGAUGAUAUUUCUAAACAGUUUGUUCGGAUACCUUUCGCUGCUCAUUAUUAUCAAGUGGUGCACUGGUUCUCAAGCUGAUUUGUACCAUGUAAUGAUAUACAUGUUCUUGAGCCCGACCGAAGACCUCGGAGAUAAUCAGCUUUUUCCAGGCCAGAAGUUCCUCCAGAUUCUCUUACUUCUGAUGGCGCUUGUCGCUGUUCCGUGGAUGCUGCUCCCGAAGCCGUUACUUCUGAAGAAGCAACACGAACAAAGACAUCGCGGCCAAUCCUACGCACUCCUCACAAGCACCGAUUACGACACUUCUGAAUUAGAAGUGUCGAAGGGCUCGCAUGGACAUGAAGAUUUCGAAUUCAGCGAAGUUCUCGUUCAUCAGCUUAUACACACUAUUGAGUUUGUUCUCGGAGCCGUCUCCAAUACAGCUUCGUACCUACGUCUCUGGGCUCUCAGUCUCGCGCAUUCGGAGCUAUCAACUGUGUUCUACGAGAAGGUCCUACUUCUCGCCUGGGGGUUCAACAAUCUCGCAAUUCUUAUUGUCGGAAUAAUUGUGUUCAUUUGCGCCACCGUUGGCGUCCUACUGGUUAUGGAGACACUUAGCGCCUUCUUGCACGCCUUGCGGCUUCAUUGGGUCGAGUUUCAGGGCAAGUUCUACGUUGGCGAGGGCUAUAAAUUCUGCCCUUUCUCCUUCACCUCGAUUGGGGACGACGACGAAUGAUCGAUCGGGUAGGACACCGAGGUGGACCGUAUGUAUGUAUGUAUACCUCAACAAGGGUCUUUUGGAAUUUAUAUAGCUGCUGGAGCAAAGGGGCUAAAGUAGACUUGUUAGUUUCGGAGGAGUUAGAAUCACAUAUAUAUAUAUAUAUAUUUACAUACACAGGUUAUUCAUUACCAAUUGUAUUGUAAGUAUGCCUCAACUUUGUAUGACACCUUUAAAAAUAACAUAUUGAUUCAUUGAUU